AUGUCCGUUGAUGGUGGCAAAUAUCAAAGUCGCAAUUGCUUUCAUACACUACCGGAUGUGCUGGGUCGCCUUCCGGCGUUGGUGACACUUCGACUUGAUCACAAUCCCCUCGGUCCGGAAUGCAGUCUCCAAGUGCUCACGGACGGCCCGGUUCAUCUCAAACUUGAACACUUGUCGCUUAGAAGUUGCCAGCUUGCACAGACACCUGAACCGAAACAGCUCACUCCGGACCAUAUGCCCAACUUGUCUUCAAUGGAUCUCUCCGAUAACGCCAUUGGCAGCAUUCCCGCUGAGUGGGGUCUUUGUACACAGCUACGGUUAGUCGCACUUCCUGACUCGUAG